AUGCUCGUUCUGGGUCAGGAACGAUCCUUAGGAUUAAGCUUGAGAAUUUCAUGUGCCACAGUAAUAUCCAGAUUGAGUUUGGCGAGGGUGUCAAUUUCAUCACCAGACAAAACAGAAGCUCUAGAUCCUAUCGUCUCUUCAAAGCGGUGGGCAGCAUUAGACCCUCUCAUUCGAGCUCUCCACCAGUCUAUGUUGGAUUUACCGCCUCCACACUUGGAUCAAGGCCCGGAUAAGUUUACUUGGGGAGAGGAAGGUGCGAGAACAAACACUUUCUCAACAAAAACAACCUGGGAAUUCAUGAGGCCUUCUGCUACUCCUGCAGCGCGGGCUGAAACAGUUUGGUUCGGAUACAAAGUUCCUGCUCACGCCUUCAACUUCUGGGUUGCUCAUCUAGACAGGCUCCCGACGAAAUCAAGACUUCAAACAUGGGGAGUAAAUAUCCAAAAUGUUUGUUGCCUCUGCAACUCUUCGACAGAAACAAGGGAUCAUUUGUUCCUACAAUGCUCCUUCUCUCAUCAGAUUUGGCGAUCAGUUCUCUCUCGCUUUGGCACCUCGACGCUUGUCUUUACGGAUUGGCAAGAGCUGUCCACUUGGUUGAACUUAAUUAACUGUCGCAGCACCAAGUACCUGAGAAGAAUUGCUGCUCAUGCCUCGAUUUAUUUCAUAUGGAAAGAAAGAAAUAACAGACUCCACAAUGGCUCCCUUAUUUCUCCAUGUUCUGUUUUGCAGUCUAUUGAUCGUUCUGUUUGGGACACACUCCUUGCUCGCCUCUCUCGUAAAGGUUGUCAAGACCUACUUUCUCGAUGUCUCGGGAAAGUAGGAGAGGCUGAGAUCGAAUACAGAGAGAUAAAAGUAGAGCGUGAGGAAGCUAUGCGAAAGAUUAGAGAGGAUAGUGAAGAGAAUGAACGAGGAGAUAGUGAGGUUCCAAGAACAGAAGACAGAGGAGCGUUACAUCAGUUUGCCAAAGGACAGGCUCGCUUAGCUUCUUCUUCUGUUUCUAACAAUUUCUGGUGUUUUAUCGUUUAAUUGCACUUGUAAAGAUAUACGGUCUGCAGUUUUCACUUUUAAUUUUACAAUAUAACUAUAGACAUCUCUCAGUCAAGUCAUUUUACGGUUGAAACAUACUGCUAACUUGUGCCAUGACCAAGAUUUUGUGCAUGAACUGAAGACUCAACCUCAAAUGUUAAAUUUUUGAUAA